AGCCCCGCCCCGCGCCUCCGGACGUCUUUGCCGGGACAUGGCCGCUGCCGGUACCGGGUCCUUAAGCUGAUUGCCUGCUGCCGGAGCUAACUGCUGCCGUCAACAGUCCGCGCGGGCCGGUCCCAGGCGUCGGGACGGCGACGAGCCGCCGAGGAAGCGGGGCUCGCCAUAGGACGCCGCCUCGGCGGGCGCAUGGCGUCCAUCUUGCUCAGGAGCUGCCGCGGCCGGGGCCCUGCCCGCCUCGCGCCUCCCCACGCCGCCUCCCCGCGGGGUAGUCGGAGGGAUCAAGCUUGUCUCAGUUGUACCAGCACCGUGGGGUUGAUAAGCCAUGAGAAAAUUCUAUCUCGCUGCUGUCCUCCAGUCAACCCUGUGUACCUCUGCUUCAAAGGUGAGCCCCGCAGCCGAUGGACUCAGAGGCUUGAGUGCCAGGGCACCAUUGCAAGGGCAACAUGGACACCUGCCUCUGCAAGAUUGGUUGUCACAGGCCCUCAGUACCUUCCUGUGCGCAGCUGGCACUCAUCACCUCCCCUAGGAGAGGACUCUGUGAUAGAGAAGUCCCUUAAGUCCUUAAAGGACAAGAAUAAGAAGCUGGAAGAGGGUGGCCCUGUGUACAGCCCGCCAGUUCAAGUGGUAGUAAAGAAGUCCCUUGGGCAGAAGAUACUGGAUGAGCUGAAGCACUACUACCAUGGCUUUCGCCUGCUCUGGAUCGACACCAAGAUAGCUGCCCGCAUGCUGUGGCGCAUCCUCAAUGGCCACACGCUGACCCGCCGGGAGCGCAGGCAGUUUCUCCGGAUUUGUGCAGACCUCUUCCGCCUAGUGCCCUUCCUGGUGUUCGUGAUCGUGCCCUUCAUGGAAUUCCUGCUGCCUGUAGUUGUAAAGCUCUUCCCCAACAUGCUGCCAUCCACAUUUGAAACCCAGUCCAUCAAGGAGGAAAGGCUGAAGAAAGAGCUUCGGGUAAAGCUAGAGCUAGCCAAGUUUCUCCAGGACACCAUAGAGGAAAUGGCCCUGAAGAACAAGGCAGCCAAGGGGAAUGCCACCAAAGACUUCUCUGCAUUUUUCCAGAAGAUCCGUGAGACAGGAGAAAGACCCAGCAAUGAGGAAAUCAUGCGUUUUUCCAAAUUAUUUGAGGAUGAACUGACCCUGGAUAACCUCACAAGGCCUCAGCUGGUGGCACUGUGCAAGCUGCUGGAGCUUCAGUCCAUCGGCACCAACAACUUCCUGCGUUUCCAGCUCACCAUGCGCCUGAGGUCCAUAAAGGCUGAUGACAAAUUGAUUUCUGAGGAAGGAGUGAACAGUCUGAAUGUCAAGGAAUUGCAGGCAGCAUGUCGAGCACGAGGCAUGCGAGCACUUGGUGUCACAGAAGACCGUCUGAAGGACCAACUGAAUCAGUGGCUUGACCUGCACCUCCAUCAUGAGAUCCCCACAUCAUUGCUCAUACUGUCCCGGGCCAUGUACCUCCCAGACACCCUCUCACCUGCUGACCAGCUCAAGUCCACCUUGCAGACCCUUCCAGAAAUCGUGGCAAAGGAGGCUCAGGUGAAAGCGGCAGAGGUGGAGGGCGAGCAGGUAGACAACAAGGCGAAGCUGGAGGCCACACUGCAGGAAGAGGCUGCCAUCCAGCAGGAGCACCUGGAAGAACUGCAGAGGGCUGCUGAGGCUGUGAAGGACACCCAGCCAGAAGUAGUAGAAGCCACCAUUCCUGGGAGGCCAGGGGCCGAGCUUCAGCCAGAGGUGCCUGUUGUGAGUGUGUCCUCAGAGACACUGAAGGAUACAGCACCUGUGCUAGAGGGAUUGAAGGGAGAAGAAAUAACCAAGGAGGAAAUUGACAUCCUCAGUGACGCCUGUUCUAAGCUAAAGGAACAGAAGAAGUCCCUGACCAAGGAGAAGGAGGAACUGGAGCUGCUCAAAGAGGAUGUCCAGGACUACAGUGAGGACUUACAGGAGAUCAAAAAGGAACUUUCAAAGACCGGUGAUGAAAAAUAUAUAGAAGAAUCCACAGCUAGCAAGAGGCUGACAAAGCGAGUCCAGCAGAUGAUCGGGCAGAUCGAUGGCCUGAUCGCACAGCUAGAGACCAGUCAACAGAAUGGCAAACUGGGCCCCCAGGAGAGUUCUCCAACAGGGGAGAGUGUCAUCAGUGUCAGUGAGCUCAUCACCGCCAUGAAGCAAAUCAAGCACAUUCCAGAACACAAGCUGAUCAGUUUGGCUUCAGCCCUGGAUGAAAAUAAGGACGGCAACAUCAACAUCGAUGACCUUGUUAAGGUGAUCGACUUGGUGGACAAAGAAGAUGUUCAGAUCUCUACCACCCAAGUAGCGGAAAUUGUGGCCACACUAGAGAAGGAGGAAAAGGUGGAAGAGAAGGAAAAGGCCAAGGAAAAGGCUGAGAAAGAAGCCGCGGAAGUGAAGAAUUAGAACUGCCUGGCUUUUGGCCCACAGGGUCUGCCUUCAUCAUGCUACACCAACCACAGUGGGGAUGACACAAGAGUGAUUGCUAUGAGGUGAUUCUUAGUGGCAAAUCUAAUAUUUUAUCUGGAAUAAAUCAGAAACUUCCUUAA